GUCAGUCAUCGUCGUGGGGUCGCCGUCAGUUGUUUUCCAGGGUCGUGACCGACACGUAUUGCAUAUUUGAACGAUUAAAUGAUAAUCGUCUCAGCAACGUCAGUUGACUCAAGGCUGGCGGGGAAUUUCGCGCAAGUUGGUAACAGUUCGAUGAUUCGAUUCUCUAGGUGGAGUAGUCGCCGUCAGUGUAGUCGGUGGUAGUCGUUGAUUGCCGUUGACUGAGUACGUUUCGUCGCGCGAGUCUCUUCCCGUCGCGGUGUGUUUUCACCGCGUUCACGAGCGGAGAACAAGAGAGGAGCUGUACGAGUUCCUCGCCAGAGACGCACCUUAUCGCGAAAGUAAUAACAACUGGCCGUCGGCCCGUUCGUUCGCGAGGGGAACAUGACGACGGAGGAGAAAUUCAACGCCGCCGUCAACGUGAUCAGGAACCUGCCGAAAAAUGGAGCGUACCAGCCUAGCCACGAGAUUAUGCUACGAUUUUACUCAUACUACAAACAAGCAACCGAGGGGCCUUGUCAACAAGGGAAACCUGCAUUUUGGGAGGUGGUGAAGAAAGCAAAAUGGGACGCCUGGACACGUCUCGGUAAUAUGAGUCGCACAGAAGCCAUGAACAAUUACGUGGAAGAAUUAAAAAGAAUCGUCGAGACUAUGUCUUACACGGACAAUGUGGCGACUUUUCUCGGCAGUUUGGACUCAUUUUACGAGAGUGUGCCGAGUGAGGAUUUGGAAUUACUUGUUGGGCCAGUAUUGGAGCGCAUGCGCUCCCAACCGGGAUCACCAUUAUCUGGUUCCCCGUUAGCAUCCAGAGAAACGUCACCUCAUAGAGUUUGCAACGCUUCACGACAUAUAACGAGCAGUUUGGAAACUAGCCCAACCAGUAGUCGCACCGCGAGCCCAUUACCACAAGAUACUGAUGGCGAAGAAGAGGAGUUUAUAGAUACUGUUGAAUCUGCGCCGGAGAGAUCGCAGAAAGAUGCAUUAAAAUCUUCUACUUGUCCUCAAAAGGUACAAACCACGGCAAAUAACGGAAUUGAUAAUUCGAAUACAGAGAAUGUAGUGAAGGAGAGCACUGAAUUAACGAAUGGAUACAGUAACGCUAACGGUCACGCGGUGGACGCGACAUCGGACAGUAAACGAGAAAGAGGUAGACAAAGAACAAAGAAAGACGACAAGUUCAACGCGGAGUUCCUCAAUCAAAUCGCCACGACUGUACAGCAUCUACAGAGAGAUCUGGAUAGAGUAACGACCAGAGUACGGAGUUUAGAAGGGCAAGCCUUGCAAGCGCUAGCGCCACAAAGUGAGUACGCCGCUAAACGCGCAUAUCCGAGUUGGUGGCCGUUCCACGAAUGCUCGCCGCGGUUAUUCGCCAUUCUAAUCAUGUGGCCAUUCCUCGCUCAUCUGCUGAUCAAUACCACGCAGCGCUAUCGCCAACGAAGACUGUGAUCCUACGGUUACUAUGCCCAUGCAGCUAAGAACCUAUUUUUAUUGAGCAGGUUACUGAUUUUGAGUUGAAAGUAUACAGAGAUCUUUCCGAUUUUGCAUCUCCUAUAGGAAGCAAUUCGCUACCCUAACAAUACAAUCUGCGAUUACGUUUGUAAACGUAAAUUGUGAUAAUAUUGCAACUAGGCCGAUCUCUGUAUAUUUUUGCAUAUGUGGCCUGUUUAAGAGGUCACGCACUUUCUCCCGAUUGCAGAUUGUCUGCUGAACUGAUGACUCUUUCGAUUCAUACAGCGAAAGUUCGAUGUCGUUUUAAUCUAUAGUCGCACUAGGUUGACCUUAAAAUUCUACGAUUAUAAAUUUCAUUGACUUGACAUUCAUCAAUAUCUUUUUUUAAUUACUAGCAAUUUUCAAGCUCGAUAAUUUUUCAAUUAAUUACACGAUCUUUCUAUAUUUUGGAGAAAGUGUGCGACUUUUGGAAUAAACUAUGUAAAAUGCAAUGAUAUAGUUCAAUGGUUUGGUGAAAUUGUAUGUAAUAUAUAAAUAGUUGUAUAUUCGUAAAUUGUAAUAUAAACACACAGGUAAAAAGUAAAUUUUUUUGUACACAUAAGCAUACAUGAUAGUUACUGUUAUAUAUAUUAUAUGUGUAAUGCGGGUUUAUAUAUAAGAAGGGACUUUAAAAUGUAUAUGUACCAGCAUUACAGUGACAACAACAUCGUAAUUAACGGUACGAAAUUUUUACAUUCAUUGCAAUUUAAAUUUUUAUCUAGCGGAUGAUUGUGAUGGAUUUUCUGUACAUAGGUGAAAUGUGAAAAUACAAGAGUUUGUAAUUAU